GAACUGUUGACCUUCAGGGAUGUGGCCAUAGAAUUCUCUCAGGAGGAGUGGGAGUGCCUGAACCCUGCUCAGAGGGCCUUGUACAGGGACGUGAUGGUGGAGAACUACAGGAACCUGGUCUUCCUGGGUGAGGAUUAG